GAUUCAGCCAUAAUAAGAAGCAAUGUUUCUGGUUGUAUUGCUGUCUCUGUUUCUUAAUGCUUUUGCUUUAAACCAGGAAGGUCUCUUUCUCCAGCGAGUCAAGCAAACUCUCGCCGAUCCCACCAACGCCCUCUCCGACUGGGACCAACGAGACCCAACCCCAUGCGAUUGGCUCGGCGUCUCCUGCGACUCCGUCACCCGCCGAGUCCACUCGCUCAACCUCUCUCACCUCCAACUCGCCGGCCCUUUCCCUCUUUUCCUCUGCCGCCUGCCUUCUCUUCGCUCCAUCUCUCUCGCCAACAACUCCAUCAGCUCAUUCCUGCCUCUCGAGAUAUCCACGUGUCAGAACCUCACCACUCUUGACCUCUCGCUCAACCUCAUUGCCGGCCCCCUUCCUCACUCACUCCCUGAAAUUCCCACGCUCCGGAAUCUGAACCUGGUGAUGAAUAACUUCUCCGGCGAAAUUCCCGCCAGUUUUGCGCAAUUCCAAAGCCUCCAGUUCUUGGGUUUGGCGGGAAACUUACUCAACGGCACCAUUCCUUCGUUCCUGUCAAAUAUUUCAACUCUCAGAGAACUCGACCUCGCUUAUAACACCUUUUCGCCCAGUUUUAUACCGAGCCAAUUUGGUAAUCUAACCAAUCUUGAGCAGCUCUUUCUCGCUAACUGUAACCUGGUGGGUCAGAUUCCGUCGAGUUUGGGUUGGUUGACUCGGCUUCGCAACCUUGAUUUAUCCACUAACCGUCUCUCAGGGUCGAUCCCCAGUUCGAUUUCCGAGUUGAAAAGCAUUGAGCAGAUUGAGAUAUAUAGAAACUCUUUAUCUGGUGUAUUGCCGUUAUCCAUGGGGAAUAUGACCACGCUUAAGCGAUUCGACGCCUCUACGAACGAGUUAACCGGGACGAUUCCGACUGGGUUAUGCGGGUUACAGCUUGAGUCGUUGAAUCUUUUUGAGAACCGGCUUGAAGGGACUUUGCCGGAGAGCAUAACAAGCUCAAAAUACUUACACGAGCUUAAAUUGUACAACAACAAUCUCAGCGGGACUUUGCCGAGUCAACUUGGUGAAAACUCGCCCUUGAAAAGUCUGGAUUUGUCUUAUAACCAGUUCUCUGGUGAAAUCCCAGAGAGUUUGUGCGCAAAGGGGAAGCUAGAGAAUAUUCUUCUAAUUAACAAUUCGUUUUCUGGGAAAAUCCCGGAAAGUAUAGGAAAAUGUCAUAGCAUGGGUCGGAUUCGGUUCAAGCAUAACCUUUUCUCUGGUCAAGUCCCAGACGGAAUAUGGGGACUACCCAGAGUGUUCUUGCUGGAGCUAGCAGAAAAUUCUUUUAGUGGGCAAAUUUCAAAGAUGAUUUCAACUGCACAUAACCUCUCAGUUCUGUCAAUCUCCAACAACCAGUUUUCUGGAUCGUUACCUGAUGAAAUUGGGUCAUUGGGGGCACUGGUUGAGAUAUCUGCUAGUGGAAACGGAUUCACAGGCCGGAUUCCUGAAUCUUUGGUGAAACUUAGGCAGUUGGUUAGGGUUGACCUUAGUGGAAAUAAGUUCGAAGGACGGAUUCCGGAUGGAAUUAACGGAUGGGUGAAUCUGAAUGAGUUAAAUUUGGCUAACAACAAGCUAUCUGGUGGUAUACCUUCUGAUAUUGGUAGCUUGCCUGUGCUUAAUUAUCUCGAUCUUUCCUGUAACUCAUUUUCUGGGCAAAUCCCAAUUCAGUUGCAAAAUUUAAAAUUGAAUGCGCUCAAUUUGUCAAAUAACCAACUUUCUGGAGAGCUCCCUCCCUUUUUUGCUAAGGAAAUGUAUAGGGAUAGCUUUCUAGGAAAUCCCGGACUCUGUGGUGAUUUUGAGGAUCUUUGUCCGAAGAUUGGUCGAUCUAAACACCGGAGGUAUGCAUGGAUUCUUAUAUCCAUUUUUAUACUUGCUGGCUUGGUUUUUGUUGUAGGGCUUAUUUGGUUCUACAUGAAGUACGGUAGCUUCAAAAAGAACAAGAGAAGAGUUACCAUAUCAAAGUGGAGAUCAUUCCAUAAGAUUGGUUUUAGUAAAUUCGAGAUUGUUGAUCGCCUCUAUGUAGAGAACGUGAUAGGAAGUGGAGCUUCUGGCAAAGUUUACAAAGUCGUGCUUGAUAAUGGUGAUACAGUGGCGGUGAAGAAACUUAACAGAGGUGUUAAGAAGGAUGAUUCUUUAAGUACCGAUACAGAGAGAGAUGAGUUUGAAAUUGAAGUCGAAAUGCUGGAGAAAAUUAGACACAAGAAUAUUGUGAGACUGUGGUGUUGUUGCAACGCCGGAGAUAGUAAACUUUUAGUUUACGAGUAUAUGCCAAAUGGGAGUUUGGGGGAUGUGCUUCAUAGUAGCAAGGGAGGCUUGUUAGAUUGGCCCACUAGGUAUAAGGUUGCUUUAGAUGCGGCCGAGGGAUUAUCCUAUUUGCAUCAUGACUGUGCUCCUCCAAUCGUUCAUCGCGAUGUGAAAUCAAGCAAUAUACUGUUAGAUGCAGAAUUUUGUGCCAAGGUUGCAGAUUUUGGAGUUGCAAAGAUUGUUAAAAGGGUUGGCCAAGGGGCAGAACCAAUGUCUGUGAUUGCAGGCUCCUAUGGUUACAUUGCACCAGAAUACGCUUAUACCCUGAGAGUGAAUGAGAAGAGUGAUAUCUACAGUUUCGGUGUGGUCAUCUUGGAGCUGGUUACAGGUAAACCCCCAUAUGAUCCAGAGUUUGGGGAUAAAGAUGUGGUAAAAUGGGUAUGUGCUACCUAUGACCAAAAUGGUACCAAUCAAUUAAUCGACCCCAGAAUGGACCUGACCUACAGGGAAGAAAUUUGCAGGGUACUCGAUAUCGGUCUCCUUUGCACCAAUGCACUUCCCAUUAAUCGGCCUUCAAUGAGGAACGUGGUCAAAUUGUUGCAAGAGGCUGUGGGGAGAACAAGUUGAAAACUGGUAAAAAUCAAGGUAGUGUUGUAUAAGUUUUAAUUAGUUGAGUAUAGAGAAUCCCACUAAAUUUUAGGUUCCUCCCUUGGGAGAGGAAAUGGUAUAGUAACUAGAAAGGGCACCAUAAUUAUUGAAAAUGCCCACUUUGGAAUAUAUACCCUAAGUGACAUUGGAAAGUGAAUGGAAGUUAUAGAAUUCUGAAUUUUGUUUCUCUGUUUGUGUAAUGGCAAAGAAUGCAUUGCAGACAUGAGAUUUGUCACAUUUAUUCCC